UCCACUUUCUUUGUCAGGAAAGCGAUCGCUUUCCUCAAGGUUCGUUUUCGUGCGCGACGGUUGCGCAACGUCCUUUUUUUCAGCCAAACGAAACUUAAGGAAAGCGGGGAAGAAGAUUUUGAGUUGAAGUUCAGAAGGAAAAGCGGACAAGUUGACUGAAGACGGGAGGUCCUGACAAGUCGCACGGAAGCAGAUUUCUACACUGUGGAUUGAAAAUGCGCCAGCGUCCGACGUUCCCCACGCUGUGGCUUCUGCUGCUUUUUGGCAUCUGCGGAAGUGCAUUCAAGUUGUCAUCUUUCAAGGCUCAAGAAGGCGCUCUGAGGCUCUCCGGCACUGCGAACCCCUGGGAGGGUCGCGUGGAGAUCUACCACAACGGUCGGUGGGGAACCGUGUGCGACGACGGUUUUGACAUGGCGGAGGCUCAGGUGGUGUGUCGCCAGCUCAAGUUCCCAGGAGCCAAAUCUGUCGUCGUCGGGAAGGAUUACAAAGAAGGAUCCGGUCCCAUUUGGCUGGAUGAAGUCAAAUGUGACGGCACAGAGAGGAGUCUCUUUAAUUGUCCCGCGGGGAACUGGGGAGUGACCGACUGCACCCACAAAGAGGAUGUCGGCGUAAUUUGCGAACCGACAAACACGAACAUGACCGUGCCGAAUUUUACACACUACCUGGACCACAGCAUCAGCCUCUCAGAUGAUUUGGGCGCCCUACUUGACAGCGGGACAGGUUGCGAUUUCCUGAUUGUAUUCGAGAGCGCCACAGGGAACGAAAGGGACAACGACACCGUGCAGACCCCCAUCUGCACGCACAAAGCCAUCCUUUCACAAUUCCGCGUCUUUAACACGUCUGAGGAGAUUUUGCUAAACGUCAACCUGGCUUGCCAGCCUUACGUCGGCUCCUUCGUGAGAUACUUUUACACCCGCAAAAUGGACGUGACCGUCUCCUCGGCGCAGUGCCUUCACCAGCUGGCGUCGGAAUUUGAGUUGAAGCGACUGAUGGGGGACAUCGGCCGCCUGUUCACACGCAUCCUCCCGGACGACUCCUCGUUUCAGACCCAGUUGUCCCUUCUUGAGUACGCCACACAAACCGGAGACCUCAUCCUACGGGAGAACUGCCUGCAGUACCUGGCCUGGAAUUUCCACAAGCUGACCGAGUCCCCGGCUUGGCUCAGCCUCUCCUGGGUACUCCUCGGGGAGCUUCUGUCCCGUUCGGACCUGGUGGUGCCAGAUGAAUAUUUUGUGCUUCGGACCGUGGAGAGCCUGAUACAGGAGAAAGGCAACGGGUCUACGUCGGAAGCCCAGGUUAAGCUGCUAAACUGUGUCCGCUUCCCGAUGAUCCCUGCGGAGAAACUGUACGAGCUGGAGGUCAACUCCUCCCUGUAUGACCUUCAUAAGAACGUGUAUCAGGAGAAGAUGGUGAAAGCUUUGCAGUUUCACGUGCUGCUCUUCAGCACGCUCGCCGCUCACCCGAAGUUCAACCGAGAUGACCACUACCAGCCCAGGAUCUACACCGCCGAGCCGUGGGGUGUGCUCAUUAAACCUCCGACGAGUAGAGGCAAAGAAAUUGUAGAGAGACGUCAAAAUUCACACAGGAGAACGACUGUGUUCAUCGACAGGUACGGUAACUUACAAUAUAUGUAUCCCACGCUCAGCCCGUACGGAGAAACAUCGAAAAGCUUCAGCACACGCCCUCACGAAAGUCUGCUCUUCAAGGACGCCGCCGUUGAUUGGGUGGCGAACGUGUUCACGUCUCAAAGUGAGUGUUCGACCCAAUACACAAAUUGCGAGUCGUUCCCCGCGGCUAAGCUGGUUCGCCAAGGCUUCACCCACCAGGCAGAAAUCGCCUACCGCAACCGGCUUCUCGUCAUUUGUCAGGAUAAGUACGUGUGUCAGGUUCAGGAGUUCAAAAACGACAUGGCCUACGUCGCAGUCAACGGGACCAAAGUGCCGACCUACCCGUGUCCCGGUGAAAAAUUUGCGUACCGCUUUGUCGUGAGGCCGGAGUACGUCUAAGUACGUGCUGUAUGUAUAUUUUUUUUU